UUUUUUUUUUUUUUCCCUUUUUAUUGUAGAUCUUCCCAACAGUUUCUGACACUCUAAGAGGUUCUAUCAUGGAAGUUAGCCAUGGGUUCUUAAGGAUUCUGCUGAACAUAGGAUUUUAUCUAAACAACUCUUCUUUUCAAACUCCCCCCUUUCUCUCUCUCGUUUACCUUUUCUUUGGUUUGAAUCCUUGUGUUUUGCGUUUAAAACUUCCACUUUUUUCGGACUGUGCUGGAGGAUUAACUGUAGAUUUUCUGAUGAUCAUAGUCAGGAAUCGGCUGGUUUCUUUUGAUCAUCUAUUCAAAUCAUCCGUUAUAUUCUCAGAAUACUUGACUGAAACCACAUAUAUGCAAACGAUAUCGAAAUCUGAAGACUCUUGAAGAUUUCUCUUAUUUAUUUUUGCCCCUCUUUCCCUGUCUGUCCUUCAUAACCUUUCUUCUUUCCUGUGUAUUCGCAAAUAAAAAAAUCCGGUUUUUUUGUUUCGUUUCUUAUUUAUGUUGUUCAUGUAUUUCUCUUUCCAGAUCUCUUAUUUUCUUCAUUUGCUUGAAGAAUCUCUCCCUUGUGCUUUCACUUUUCUCAUACUUUUCUCAUGAAAUAUGAACAUUCCUUCCCCUUUUGUCCACUCCUUGCUUGCUUGCUGGCUUGUUAGUGGACGACUAUGUGUUGUUGACCUCUUUGUCCACAUAAAAUGAUAGGCAUCUUUAGAUCAGUUGAAAAGUUCUGUGGUGUGGGGAUUUUGUUUCUCCUUUGGAUACUUGGUGGCCUUUCUGUGAGCUAAAACCCUUCUGUUAUGCUGGAGGCUAAGUGCAAUAGUAAGCCCAGUUGCAGUAUUGCUCUUGGGCUACAUAUAUUAUCGAAAAAAAAAAGCAUCAAGGAGAAGAGCCUUUCUGCAGAUGUUAUACCAUUCAGAUCCCACAUGUUCGUCCUCUAAGGUUUCAGAACUCAGAGCUGAUGAAAGGAAAUCCGAGCAGCUGAAGCUUCAAGAGGUAGAUCCUGCAGUAGUAAGCUUUGGUGAGACACAGAUACCUAAUUUCUGCAUAAGAGACUAUGUUUUUGCAACAAGAAGUAAAAACAAUCACACCAGUUGGCCAUUUUCUCGUCGAUUAUUGAAGCUUUGCCUGAAACAUGGCGUUCAAGAUCUACUGCCACCUUUCGAGCCAGCCAGUUCAGUGAGAGACCUUUUUUGCAAAACUUCAGCAGCCGAAACUGAAAAGAAUAUCGGAGUCAAUUUAUCUCAGGUCGGAGAAACGUUUUUGCUAGAUGAAGAACAUAAUCCAACUCAAAUAAUCUCAUUUUCACCGUCAGAUGACAAGUUGCUGAGUUGUGCAAAGAAUGACAAUAGUCGAUACUUGAGUGAGGAAGAUAAACGAUAUGAUUUGAUUAAUGAAGAUUAUGAAAUUGGCUCAACGUUGACAAAUCAGUGUGCUUUUGAGAGAUUCUCGACGCAGUUAGGCUCCGAACCAGUCGUGCAGCACUGUGUUUUGGUCCUAAAACCAGGUGCUAUUUCCGAGACAAGUCGAGCAGAAGAGAUUGCAUCUACUUCUACAGCUUCAGAUCUCAUGGCAUCAAAGGUUUGCCCUGUGUGCAAGACAUUUUCUUCCACCUCAAACACCACUUUGAAUGCUCAUAUGGAUCAGUGUCUUUUCAUGUCAUCUGAUGCUACUAAGAUCGUGGAUAAAACUCCAAAGCUUUUGGUAAAGCCGACAAAGAAAAGGCUGAUGGAGGAUAUUUAUGCCACUGCUCCCCAUUGCUCGCUUGAAGAUCUUGAUAGGAGGAAUGGUACGAGCUGGGCUACGGAUUUAACUUCGAUAACUCCCCCUAUUGAAGCUAACACAGUGACUAAAAGGCUUAAAUUUAUCUCACAAGUCGAUGCUAGAGAUAACAGGAGUGAAGGGGCAGUUUACGUUGAUUCAAAUGGAAUUAAGCUUCGUAUAUUGUCAAAGUUCAAUGAUGCUCCCCAAGUAAUAUCAAAGAAUGUGUUUAAGCCAAGUAAGAAUAUUAAUCUGGUUAGAGAUGGAAAGACCAGUUUGGUUAGCCAGAAGAAAUACUUUGUUUGGGAAAAACAUCUGAAGAAAAUGAAGUUGAAAAUGAAGAACAAGAAAUUAUGUUCCUUAAAGCUGUUAAAAAAUGAGGCAGCACCAGAAGUUAAUCAUAAUGAAGAAUCUCAUCAAGAAGAAGAAUCAGCAGAUCAAUUAUCAGGUGAAGCGGAGCAAACUCAUAUGAGCUGUAGAACUUUAACUUUACAGAAGUGGCAUUGUUCUAAACGCUCUGAUCUACCCAAAAAAAUAUGCAAGUCAAACUUCCUCAAAAACAUGGUUAAGCCAGGCGAAUUUGUGAGUCAAAUUACAAACCUAGAGAUGACAAAUUCAGCUUCAGGUACCUUUUCUUCUGCAAAAAGACAUUUUAUGAAACUCUCCCAAACACCAAAAUCCAAGAUAGAGGACUUCCCAGCUAAUGCUCCUCUUCAAAACCUGGAGCCGAAUGAGGUGAAAAGUCUUCAAGGAUGUUCUUCAAAAGGUACUUCAAUGAAUGUUCUCCGCCUGAAACUGGCGAAAGCAUCUGGAGCUUUGGUUACUUCCAAAAACAGUAGAAAUGAUGAUUUAUUUAUGGGCAGAAAACAAAAUUCGGCUGAUUUUCCUGAAACAAAUAAUAGAUCAACUGAAAACCGUAAUCUUUCGCAGAAAACUAAAAAGAUUUCUACUUUAUCCAAGUCUAACGUCAGCACCAAAAUGCUUCGUAAGAAUAAGAGGAAAAGAGAGAUUUCUUCUGGCAGCAAUGAAGAACAACAAAGAUGUGUUGAGGCUUCCAUCACAAGUUUUUUAGAUGAUGAAAUUUCUGAACGAUGUUUACUUUCAGGAAGCUGUCAGUGCCAAGAUGUUAAAACUAAAAGUUCCGUAUCGCAAAAUCAGAAUAUGGGCUUCAUUAAGUUUACUAGAGCUUCGUCAGAUAAAGUUGACGGUGGUGCCAUAAUAGCUAAAUCUGUAAAUGGUGAAAUUCUCCCAGUUCUUCUGUUGGAUUUAGAUGAUAAAACAAGUCAAAUUCUGCCUUCGAAAGAUUGUGAAAAAUCAAUGGAGCGAGUGUUUCUUGAUAAACAAAAUGAAAAAACAUCAGAUAAAUUGGAAAAUAGAGGUGUGAAAUCUCAAGCUGGAGCUGCAUCCACAGAAUCCAGUGCUUGUUUAACCAGCCAUGGAGACCUGGCGCCUGAUACCCCAAGACAAAACUGUUCUAUAGCCUCAGCUCCAGUCGUACCAAAUCAAGAAAGAAAUUUGGCUAUUAAUAGAGAGCCAUCUGGAUCUCCUGUUUCGAGUUCUUCCAUAUCUCCUGCAUUUCUAAACGUUUCUUUUACCAAAGCAUCAGAUAGAGAAUUGCUAUUGAAGCCUUUAGCCGCUCGUGGAAAUCUGGGGAGAUAUAUGGCAGAUAAUGAAGAAGCUCAAUUAUCAGAUAUAGAACACAAUCAGCAAUGUAAGAUGGAUUUCACCAUGAAUAAAUCGCAGCUGCAAUCAAACUAUCAUCAUUGCUGCUGCUCCAGGCAAAGCAUCAUGGCUAGUAACAUGCCAACUUCGAAGCCAAAGUUGAUUCCAAAUCUGCAUAUCGGACCAAGUAUCUCUGCGCCCUUUGGUGCCUACUCGAUUUUGCAUACUGACGCAGGAAAUAUUACAUCCCUCGAAUCUCCUACCGGGUCAAUCAUGACAAGGAGUUGUAGUGCUGUUGGUUCAACAAGCCCAUCAUGUGGAACACCUUCACAGUCUAGCACCAAUUCCAUCCUUAGGUUGAUGGGUAAGAACUUAAUGGUUACUCACAAUGAAGAGUCUUCUAAUCUUCUAAAGAUUGAUUCUCCAGCUAAAGAUAACAACUCAGCUGCUCCGAGUUUGCCUUCACCAUUAAGUUUUACUUCAUAUGUCAGAGCUCCAAACCAUGAAAACUUCCCCUUUGCAGUUUGCAGCCCAGUUCCACUGAUGACAAAUAUGCAGGUUCGCAACAAUGUUAAUCAAAGCAAUAUGAACCAUAAAGCAUAUGUGACAAAGGAGGUAAUUGUAUUCGAUGGCUCCUCAAAUACUGAUAUGAUGAUGAGAGGUACUUUGUUACCUGUACAAGCUUCUCAUACAAUGUUUCAGGGGCCAUACCCUUACUUUUUGCCUCAGAACCAGCUUUUGCUCAGAGAGAUUGGCUCUACUUCCUCUUAUCUGAGCAAUGAAGGGAGCUCUUUGGAAGUUCCAGCCACUCUUUUGCCUGGACCAUUUUUGUUCAGGCCUCCUGCUGCUACACCCUUGAAUCCUCCAUUGUACACUCACAGAAUUUGAGGUAAAUUUGUAAAGUUUUAGGAUGAAGAGAGAUUAGUUCAUCAAAGUUUGAGAAGCAUACUUGCUGAAGAAUCCAGAAGCAAUAUAGGAUCUGUUGAAUUACUCCUUCGUAGUUAUUUUUAUGCUUUAAUUUCCAGGUUUGUGACCUCUGCAUAAAGUUGCAGCGUUAUGCUCUAUGCUCAUAGUAUGCUUAAUGUUUUUCUUUUCUUUUCUUUUCUUUUCCCUGAAAGAAAAGCAAACUUUGGUUUUUAUGUAGCUGAAGAAUAAACCAUAAAUCCUUAAACCUUAAUCAGUUGGAAUAAUUCUUCAAAUGGAUUCAGUUUCAGUCCACUUAUUUGAUUUUCUAUUU